CGUAGAAGUACAAUAUCCACACUCACAAAUAGGCAUUAAUUCCAAGCUCACAUUUCUCCACUACAUAAUUUAGCAUUUGUUCGCACUAAGCAUUCAUGAUGACUACUUCGGCUGCAAUGCAAUCCUGCUUGGCCACCCCAGCUGUGACCCGUUUGGCCAAUGGGUCUAGGGUGAACCAGUUUCUUCCCAGCACUUAUGUGCCACGUUUGCCUAGGAAUGCUACCAUGCGUGUGCGGUCCAUGGCAGAGAAAUACAAGCAAGAGCAACCAACACCUACACCUAAGAUGAGCACGAAGUUCUCUGACGUGUUCGCAUUCAGUGGGCCCGCACCGGAGAGGAUCAACGGCAGGCUAGCCAUGGUUGGCUUCGUUUCUGCGAUGGCGGUAGAGCUAUACAGGGGCCAGGAUGUGUUUGCUCAGAUAUCCAACGGCGGGAUCCCAUGGUUCGUAGGAACCACCAUUGUGCUAUCAUUUGCAUCUCUGAUUCCUUUGUUCAAAGGGGUGAGCGUGGAGUCCAAGUCAGACGGGUUUAUGACUUCAGAUGCUGAGAUGUGGAAUGGGAGGUUUGCCAUGUUGGGUUUGGUUGCACUUGCCUUCACCGAGUAUAUGAAGGGUGGAACACUUGUGUAGACUCUGAUUUUGCUACUUAGAAGUAAUUAGAACCGAUGAAUAAAACAAUAUAGUUCCAUAUAUGUAAUUCUGAAGCAAAUAGUGUAAACCAAUGUUAGUAAAUCAAAGCAUACGAAUUUAUCAUUUCAAA